CUCAACAGGUGACGUGGGCGGUAAAGGACCGUUCGCCACGUCCUCCUGGAGUCGGGGAAGCCUACGUGAGGCAUUUUUUUGAGGGAGUGGAUGGGGCCACCCCACCCUCUGAUGUUCAGGGCAAAGUAGGGGGAUCACGUUUUCUUAACUGCACGCUGCUUACGUCCAUCGGUCCCACGUGAGUCCUGGUAAGGGAGUCGGCUGCCUGGAGGCCACACGACUUUGCGUUCCUGGGAACCUGACCUUGGAUCUUGGAAGAUUCCACAAGGCUCUGGCCCCAUGGGAGUCCACUUGGGAGGCUGCCAGCAGGCCUGCCCUGACCACACCCUGUUUUUGCUCCCAGGCCUCACAGUGCCUCCCUUACAGGCUGUGCCAGGAGCCCAGGAGACUGGGGGCUUGGCUCAAAGUCAUCCCAAACACAUGGUAGCUGCCCUUGCUACUACCGAGUAUGGAUGCGUCUUGCACACAAGAAAUGGCACCUUAUCAUUAGGUAUGGGGAGGAAAGCAGGCCCCGAGGGUGAUGCUCGUGAAUCCGUAGCCGUUGAUUCAGCUGCUAUGACGAAAAAGGAACUGGCUACAGUAGCAGGUGCUAAAGACCCAUGAGCAGCUCGGGUUGGGGUUUUUCUAUGUUGGCCUGCGCUUUCUUCUCCCCUACCGCCCGCCACCCACUAGGAGUUUUUGUUCCCAUCACUUCUCUCUUUUUCAUGAGGCUACCGUUUGCAAAUGCACUCGAAGCACAGCGCUGUUCUCCACUGAUCUUGACCCUGGAAGGAUUUUUUCUGAAACGUGGCCAUGGGUGUUAUUUCUCAAAGUGGGUUCCCCAGUCCACCUGCGUCAGCAUCACGAUGUCUGUCAGCUGUGCCCAGAGAUUCCUAGAUCCCGUCCAGACCGGCUGGAUCACAGUCUUUGAGUUUGGGGCGUAGAGAUGUGCCUUUUUAAAGGCUCCAGGGAUGGUGUGGGGUGGGGACCCUAAUGCAUCUCAGUGCUCCUAAGCCAUCAUCUUGCUGGGGCUCCUGAGGCACCUGGCCGCGACAGCAAAGUCCUGACUCACCGCACAGGCCCCGCCCCUCCAGCCUUUCUAUCGGGGCAACUCGAGGUCUCCAGGUCCACGGGUUACUGAUUAACCCUAGGUUUCAAGAAAAGAAAUAACAAUAACUCGAGAGAAGACGUAAGCCAAGAAACAAGCUGGGCAGCCCCAGGAGAGGCAUGACAGACGGCUGUUGUCACCAGGCGCCUGACGAGGCCGAGAGGGAGGCUGAGACGCCCGGCCCGAGGCCAGGCUGCAUCCAGGUCCCAGCAGCGCCUGCGGACACCCCCUGGCAAUGCCCAGGCCCUGAGCCACCGCGGCCCGCUGACGCCGUGCCCGGAAUGGCCUGUGCCGAGGUCCCCCAGCCGCCAGCCCCACGGCAGCCCCAGCCCGUCUCUGCAAAGGCCACCACUGCCACCGAGGCCUCGGACCCUGCCGGGGACCACUGCGCCUCCGCGGAUGGCGACCUGGAGUGCCUGGUGUGCCGGGAGCCCUACAGCUACAUCCGGCCCCCCAAGCUGCUGGGCUGCCAGCACUCCUUCUGCGCCGUCUGCCUGAAGCUCCUGCUGUGCGUCCAGGACAACACCUGGUCCAUCGUCUGCCCGCUGUGCCGCAAGGCUACCGCGGUCCCCGGCGGCCUCAUCUGCAGCCUGCGCGACCACGAGGCCGUGGUGGGGCGGCUGGUCCGGCCGUGCCUGGAGGUGCGGCUCUGUCCUCAGGGACUAGCAGAUCCUGCCAGCGUGGCAGCAGGGUGCCCCAGCUCGGUGGGCGAGGACGGACAGGAUGCGGAAAGUGCCAACCGCGUGGCGGCCCGGCGCCUGGCAGCACACUUGCUCCUGCUGCUCGGGCUCAUCAUCCUCAUCCUGCCCUUCAUCUACCCGGGCAUCAUGCGGUGGGUGUUUGCCGUCGUUAUCUCCUUGGCCCUGCUAAUGUCCUCCCUCUUCUGCUGUCACCCCAGCAGCCAGGGCGGCUGCCGGCCGGCCCCCAGGACUCUCUUCUGCAGAGGACGGAAACACAGCGAGAUCUCUUCCAUCGCCUGAGCGCGCUCCAAACAGAUGGCACCUGCUGCCUCUUGGGCCCCAUUGGGCUCGCAGUGAACAGGGUAAGGGGCUAUGAACUAAGGCUGCUUCCCUCGGGGGAUUGCAUGCCCGCUGGACUUGCAAGCCAAAGCCGGGUGGCUGUGCUGGGUCAAGAACUACGUGCCUAGAUGACAGACACGUCUACCCAGGGCGCAGCACGUCUACACCACUCGGGGUGGGGAGGGGCACAUAUUACUUGAACACCGCCAGCGGACUCCUGUUCCUCCCGUUCUGAUGCCCCUGGGUUUUCUUUAUAUACUUUGAUGAACUUUUUGCAGAACAAAUAGAACCAAGACUCCUUUUUUUUUUGUAAUUUAUGUAGCCGGUUUUAUUUUCUUGCUUUGCUUUGGUUUGGUCUUCCGCGUUUGGGGCAGUUUGUUCAGAUUUGUAGCUGUUUGUUUUUCCUCCUGGAAGUCAGAGCCCACAGGAAGUCCUCCUGUGUGCUGCCCACCUGGUGCCCAUCCACCUCGACAAAGGUCCUGGUGGCUUCGGGUGUCCUCCUGAGUCACCCCCAGGGACAGAAGGGGAGAAUUUGUGUAAAGGAGCGGUUCUGAGGCUGCAGGGGGUCCCACAUUUAGUUGGCAGAUUUGGGGAGGGGUGGAGAGGAUGUAGAGGGAAUUCCUCCCAGCAGCAGCACCAAUUGCCCAGCCGAUGUCAUUGGCUUCACAGAGAAUCUCAGAGUUAUAAGGUCCCCCUGGCCCCUGCCCAAGAAGCAGGUCCCACUGCCUAUCAGAUGCACCAACUCACAUUAUGGAAUCAGCUCUUUACGGAUGUUGUUUUUCCUGCAUUAUUGCAUUUCAAUUCCCAUCUGAGCUUUUGUCGGAAAGAUAAGAGGCCCCAUAAAUGCAACAGUUCUUAACAAUAACUCCACCUUUCCUGCCUCGCCCUGACAGUCAUAGUUGUCUGAAAGAUUGCUCUGGAAUACAGAGGAGGCUUCUGCUGGAGGGAAUGACUUUCCAUGGUUGCCAGGAUCGAGUCUUAGCCAAGACAGGAGCCCUGGGGGGUGCAAGGGAACAAAGGGUGGGAGAUGAUGCCUUGUUUCCUUCCAAAGGCCUCAUAAUUGGGAAGCAGACGUGAAACCUCAGUGAGGCUCACUGGGCAUGAUCUGUUGUCCUUCCUUGACCCCACCUUUCCUCCUGAUGGGAUGAGAGUGGUAGGUUGGAUGCUCAUUCAUGGCUAUUGUACCUCUGUUAGGGAGGAAGAAGAGACAUCUAUAUUGGAGCACAAAGGGCUGAUCCUGGCCCCAUGGGUACGUGUUGUCCAGCAAGAUCCUUUGCCUCUUUGAGCUUUCUCUUCCCUGGAAUGAGUUAAUUGGAUUGGAUUAUUCCUAAGACUCCUGAAGCCCAGAAACUGGGGGCACUGUUGGGCUCCUGAACAGUGGACAUGAGUCACAUCCCCUCUGAACUCACACAGAGAAAACUCAAAACAUGAGGAUGUAUGCAACAAGCUGUUCUUGAAAUCUGGGUGCCUUCCUUUGUUUCUUAUAAAGGUAUUUCCAGGGCAACUCUGCACCACCCAUGCUAUCGGCCGCAUUUACUCCUCAUGCUAAGAGUAUGUGUGAGUGUGUGUACGUGUGCAUGAGCCCACGCUCUUAAGCCAAGGCCAGGUGGACCUAAGAACACCCUGUCUUCCCAGGAUAAGUAAAUGAUGCAAAUCGCUCAGCAUUUCCAGAACUGGCCUCGGGCAUGUGCAGUUUGGGAUGGUUGCCAAUAGGAUAGGGAAAGAACACUGUCUCCCCACUCACCUCCAUUCAUAUUCCUUCUAGUUCUUGGCCCUCCACCAAGAUUUCAGUUGCCAACAACAGCCCCAUCUCUGCCAUCACAAUGACGGCACACAUUUAUUGAGUGCCUUCGACGUGCCAAGCACUACACUGACCGCUUUACAUGAAUUAUCUAGCUAAAUCUGCGUAACUACCUUAUGAAGUAGAAAUCAUCUUGCCAAUGAAGAGACUGAAGAUCAGAGAGGUAAAUCCAUUUGCCUAAACUCACACAGCCAAUCGCUUUCAGAGUUCCCCCAAGGGAUUAAUCCAGAGCUCUUUCUGUUCCAUCAAGCUGCCUCCUUUCCAUGACAAUCCAAACCAACCAGGAAGUUGGUUGCUGCAAGGGAGAACAGGGAACAAAUCUCAGGAGGCUCUGAAUUCCAGAGUCAGGUUUCCGGAGAGGCCACAGAAUUCCAGAACUUGUGGUCUGCACCAAUGAAAAAAAAAGGGGGUGCUCCUGGGUGGCUCAGUCGGUUGUGUCCAACUCUUGAUUUCAGCUUUGGUCAUGAUCUCAGGGUCAUGAGAUCGAGCCCCAAGGAGGUUCCACACAAAGCAUGGAGUCUGAUUGAGAUUCCCUCUCUUUCUCUCUCCCUCUCUCUCUCUUUCUCUCUCUCCCUCUCUCCUUCUCCCUCUGCCCUGCCCCUCCUCCCAUGCUCUCUCCCUCUAAAAUAAAUAAAUAAAAUCUUUUAAAAGGAAGAAGAAGAAAGAAAAAGAAAAGAGAAUUAUAAAAAUGGAAUGGCUUUCUUAUAGACUUUUACUACCCAGCCCCAACCUCCCCUGCAGGAAGCUGUGUUGACACAUGGUCCCCAACCAUUGGCCUCCCAUCUCCACUGGGGAAAGAUGUCCUGACACAGCUGUCUCCACCCCCUGUGAAGCCAGCUGGUCCCAAGCACCCUCUGGCUCUGGCCGCAUGUGCAUGGAGGACACAAGAGACCAAUAUUGGUCCAGACUGUCCUGGGGAGCAGGGGAGAAGAGAGGAAGCAGGCAGCUCUGCAAAAGAACGUAUGUAGGCGAAUCCAGAGAGGCAAGCCUAAGCUCAAAGCUAAGCUCUGACCCAACGUAUGACGAGUCGAAGUUACAGAACUUCUCUGAGCCUCACUUUGCUCACCUGUAGGGGGGAUGCCACACACACACCUCCCAGGGCCCCCAUGAGGAUUCAAAUGGAUGAGAUGGAUGAGAAUCCCAUGCCCUAACAGGCUGCCUUUGUCAUCAGUCAGUGACCCUUGUGGGUGAAUGGGCUUCCUGGGGCCUGUUGAGUGUGAUAGCAGGCUUAGGGUUGGCCUUAAUAGUGGGGUGAAGCCAGUCCAGAGUCGGAGGGUUGCACAGGACAGGCCAAUCUGGUAGAGAACUUGGCGCUUAGGUCCUAAGGACGAAGAGGAAUUGCAGGGAGAGGCCAAAUUUUAUCCUUAUCAGACCAUUUCCCUAUUCUGCGGCCUUGCAGUCAGACAUAGCUGGCUUGAUUCUAGCACCACCGUUCACAAGCCCCCUCACCUGUCUGAGGCUCAGGGUCCUUACGCAUGAAAUAGAGGUUAUGGUAUAUAUCUCAUAGGGUUGCUAGGGGAGGGCUGACAUAGCCCUUGGCUCAACACUGGGAUUACAAGGAGUUAAAGAAGGGAGGGAGAAGACAAGGUGGAAGAGAUGGGUUGAGUUCUAGAAAGCACUUACAGGAAUGAUGAGGACAGGCUCAUCUUAUUUUAUUCAACCUUAUUGAUAGGGAAGUCUGCUAAAGCCUGGCCACUAGAAUUCAUCUCUUAAGUCUACUAAAGCCUGGCCACUAGAAUUCAUCUCUUCUGUUAUUCACCCUCAGCAUCAGCAGAGUUCUCAACAAUAAUUAAUAAAAUAAUCACUAACAUGACCUGAGUGCACUGUGCAAAGUGUAUUACACAUGUUAUCAUAUAUGCUAUAAAGUAGGUACUAUUAUUACCCCCCCCCCACUUAAUUAUCAACAGGGCUGCUGAGGCACAGAGAGGUUAAGUAGCUUGUUCAAGAUCACACAGGGAGGCAGUGGUGGCAUCAAGAGGGCACCAUAGAAGUCCAACUCCAGAGUUUGGACUUUGGGUCACUUAGCUGUAUCUGAUGGAUCAUUCCUGGCAUAUCAUGAGUGUUGAUGGUAUGUGGGUGCCGAGGCCUGAAGGGCAAAGAAUUAAGAAGAGGUGUAGUUCCUCCAUUUGGUUACAGCCUCCCGACUUAGUGGGUGCUUGGGGCACAGGGUUGUGAGAACCCACGUGUCCCAUUACCUACAGGCACUUUCUCAUCUCACCUGACAGCCCCUGUUCACUGUUGGAACUUCUUUUCAAACGCCUAGAGGAAGUGUUUCAGUCUUUGCUAAAGCAAUGAAUUCUUUGUGGCAGAGGAAAGCUUUUCCAGGAAUGAGGGACCUGCCUGCCCUUUCUCAGGCUGUAGGAACAGCAUAGAACACAAAGAGAAACCAGAUCUGAAUUUUUGAAUCUGCCUGGAGCUGUUCUUAGGAAUUUUAUAUUCUUGUCUGAAUAUAUUGAAAUCACCUUUUUAAGAGGGGGGAAAUAUUUCCUGGGUCAGUAGAGAACUCUCUGAGGACUUGAGAACACUCUGGAACCUAGGAUCCAUCCAUGCAUUUAUGCAACAAACAUUUAUUGAGGGCCGGCUCUAUGCCAGGUAUUUAAUCUCAUUCAAUAAGGAAGUUUGAUGAGAAAGGAAAACUAUAUGCUGACCACCUGGAAGGGGUUGGAUUGUGGUGCCCUCUCGAAAAGAAAAUAUACUGGAGCCCUAACCCCUAUAACUUCAGAAUGUGACCUUCUUGGAAAUAGGGUUUUUAAGAGACAAACCCUAUCAUCCAAUAUGACUGUCUUUCUAGAAAGAGAAAGUGUGGACAUGGAGACAGACAGGCACGGAGGGAAGACAAGGUAAGGAUGCCAUGUGGGGAAUGAAGGCAGGUUGAGGUGAUGUUUCUACAAGCCAAGGAACGCCACCGAUGGCCAUCAAACCACCAGAAGCUGGGAGAAAGGCUUGGAACGGAUUCUCCCCCAGAACUCUCAGCAGGAAUGAACCCUGAUGACACCAGGAUCUUGGACUUCAGCCUCCAGAAAUGUGAGGGACAAUUUCUGUUGUUGAAGCCACUCAGUUGCUAGGACAGCCCUAGGACACCACACCACACCUUUCCUGUGCCUGCCCUCGUGCUGUGCCCCUCAGCUGGGCUACUUCAAGUUGAGCCUAUAACUUGCCUAGAGUCUUGUAGCCCAUAUGUGGGAAUGUCAGCUCACAUUGAGUCUCAUUGACUCUUGGGACUCAGCUCAUGUUGAGUCUCAUUGACUCUUGGGACUAGGUCCUACAUCUUCCAUUUAUGGAUGGGAAAUUGAGGCUCAGAGAAGCCCAGUGAUUACCCCCCCAAAAAAGUGCCCAACAUGUUAGAGGUGGAGUUAGAUUCAUCACCCACAUUUCUGAAAUAUCCUUAACUUUUGCAACAACCAUAUGAGAAUUACUGGAUUAUUAUUCCCAUUUCACAGAUUAAAGGCUUCAAACCCAGAGUGUCAGUGCCUCCAUCGUGUAUGUGCCUUUCUGUACAUAUUUCAUAGUUUAAAAAAACAAUUUAGGGGACGCCUGGGUGGCUCAGCGGUUGAGCGUCUGCCUUCAGCUCAGGUCAUGAUCCUGGGGUCUGGGGAUGACGU